AUGGAAGUAUCUCGAUCCAAAUAUCUUGGCGAUGGCUGCGCCGAUAAGCCUCACAGUUCGAGCUGGGAUAGUUGGUUUCAUCCUCAGCGAAGCGAUGGCGUGGAGACCGACCACGGCCUCGGUGCAGGAGCUGUGACAAAAGCUUGGAAUAUCUUGUACCAUCUCGGCGGAAACGGGCCAUGGGUGGAAAAGAUCAUCGAUGUCCUUGACGGCGGUGUUGCUCCGCCGGAGGGAUGCGAGGUGGUGCAAGUUCACAUGAUGUCUAGGCAUGCUGAGCGCUAUCCUACGAAGAAAGCGGGUAGGAAACAGAAAGCAGUCGUUCAGCGCAUGAAAGACAGUAACAAGACUUUUGAGGGCAAUUUGGCGUUCUUCAAUGAUUGGGAGCUCUUCUGGUCUUCAGACGAUACCCAGCUGGAGCAAUUGACAACUACUGGGCCUUUCGCGGGUAUACUUUCCUCUUUCACCACCGGCAUUCGUCUGCGUACACGUUACCAGCAUCUUCUGGAACAAGCUGAUUUCACUCCUUCCAAUAAGCCCACUACAUUCUGGGCCAGCGACUCAAAUCGCGUCAUCGAGACAGCUAAGCACUUCGCCGCAGGCUUCUUCGGCAUCGACUAUACCACUAGCAAUAUAGCUACUCUUCAGGUCAUAUCUGAACAUUCUUCGAUUGGUGCAGAUACGUUGACGCCUGGACGAACAUGUCUGGCCAACAAGAAAGACAAACCAGAAGGCCAACAGAAGGGCUAUCGUCUGAUGCACGAGUACCGGGCCACAUAUAUGCCUGCCAUCCGCCAACGACUACUCAACCAGACAGGCAUGAGCUUUGACGACCACGAAAUCUACGCUAUGCAGGAGAUGUGUGGUUUCGAGACGACAGUACGCGGUCGCAGCGACUGGUGUGAUGUCUUCACGCGAGACGAGUUCCUCGGCUUUGAAUAUGCGCGCGACAUACUGCAUUAUUAUCGCGCAGGUCCAGGUCAAAGGUAUGCCACCAGUAUGGGGUGGCUGUGGUUGAAUGCUACAACGAACCUGCUACUUGAGGGCCCAAGCGCUGGCCCAUUCUUUUUCAGCUUUGUCCAUGAUGGCGAUAUAGCGCCGCUCAUGACUGCGCUCGAUGUCAUCAAUGACCGUGAACACCUUCCCAUCACUCACAUCGCCCAUGAUCGGAAAUGGCGGAAGUCUCAGGUGUCGCCGAUGGGCGGCCGUAUCAUCUUCGAGCUGCUAUCCUGCAAGACUAAACGCGAAUCAUCACCUGAGAAGUUCGUCAGACUCAAUAUAAACGACGGCAUUACCGCUAUACCGGGCUGCGAUAGUGGCCCUGGGAAGAGUUGUCCACUGGCAGAUUUUGCCAAGAGAACAAAAAAGAAGGGAGAGGAAGCUGGGAACUUCAACGAGUUGUGUGGGCUGGACGAUGAUGCUGCGGAAUGCAUCACUUUCUUGCAUCAAUGA